CCCUCUCUCUCUCUCUCUCUCUCUAUUUUUCUUGUCUUAUUGUUUUCGAAUGUAUUCGUGCAUGUGUAUUAUACAGUACGUACAGGUGACUUUUGAGUGUGGCAGAUGGUAAAGUAUGUAUCUUGGAUAAUUUUGAAUUCUGGGUCAUUUAAAUUUUUGUAUUUCUAUGUUUUUCUUUCAAUUACAGCUCAAUUCUUCUCUGUUUCUCAUUGAUUGCAUAAAGUGUCUUUUUAUUUAUGGGGCUGUUUGGUUUCUGAGAAAACUCAGAGACCAAUGAAUUUACUUUUCCAAUUGCUUAAUUCUCAUCCUUGUUUCAUAUUGGUUGCCUAAAGUUUGUGCCUUUAUUGUUGUUAUUUUUUUUAAUGAAAGUUUGCGUCUUUAUUAAAUACCACCUGUUUGGUUGCUGGCAAAGGAAAAAUAGGGAACUGGGACUUUCCUAAUUUUGCAUUUUAAGGUACAAGUUUGACUCUUUUUUUAUCUCUCACUCAUUACAUUUUAAUAAUGUGUUUUUGUAUUAUUGGUUAGAACCUUUGAGUGUUGCUUAUGGAAAAUGGAGUGAAGCAAUUUUUUUCAUUUAAAAUUGCUUGAUUCAUCUCUUUAUCUAAAGGUUGAUUGCCUAAAGUUUGUGUUAUUUAUUUAUUUUUAUGAAUGUAGCUGUUUGUUUGCUGAGUAAAGAAGUUGCAAAUUGGGACUUCUAGCAUUGUGCAUUUCAUGAUAAAGUUUUAUUUUACUUUAUGUAAUUGAAUUGGUUUUGUUAUUGACAAUGAUAUGCGUGGUUGUGAUUUUUAUGAGAACUUUUGGAGGUUGCUUAUGGAAAUUGGAGUGAAGAAGACAAUUUUUUCACCUAAGGCUAUCAUAAACCAGAAGUUUGGUAGCAAGGCAUGUUAUAAGGUAGAGGAGGUACAGGAGGAGUCAACUCAGAAUGGGUUCCCAGGAUUGGCAAUUCCUCAGAAAGCUCCUCUUUUUCGGUGCCAGCUAGAGCUUCCAGAAUUUACUGUUGUUUCAGAUAUAUGUAGAAAGAAGAAGGAUGCCGAGCAAUCUGCAGCAGAUUUGGCUUUAAAAAGGCUAGGCCACCAUUCCGUUGCUGAAAAUCCAUCUGAUAAGGAUCCUUGUGAUGCUUUGAUUGAUCAAAUCAAAUAUCUAUUUUCAGACGAGUUCUCCCUACCUCUUCAUCCAUUGAGGGGUCACCUUAGAGCAGCUUUGCUGAGAAGAGGUGAUCUUUAUGGUCUGGUACCUGCUUCUGUCAUUACUACCUGUGAUACAAAGACGAGUAAUCUGUGUAAAUUACUCAACCCUGAGGUGGAAUUAAAACCUUUUUUGGCUUUGUCAUUAAUUAUGAGGACUAUACCAAGAUUAUCAGGCUGUGUUACAUCCAAGGGGCAGCUUUCAAUUCAGAAGCAAAAUCCAUAUCCCACUGAGAUCAUAGAGUCAUCAGAUAUCCAGCAAUCUGAUUCCCCAGAAAGCAUAUUGGUUAAAGCAAUACAAAUUCCAGCUUCACUGGAUAAGACUGUUCAGCCAGUGACUCUUAAUAUUUCAUCCGCCGGAUAUUACCUGGAUGUUAUUGCAGAACAACUUGGUGUAACAGAUGCCAGCAAGGUUUUGCUCUCAAGGACUAUUGGUAAAGCUUCCUCAGAGACCAGAUUGUAUUUUGCUGCUUCUGAGUCACUUGUGAUGGAUCUGUUGUCGGACCUUGCAAAUGUGAAAGAUUUUCAUGUGGAAGGACCUCCAAAUGCAAGGGCAAGUUACUUCUGUGGUCAAGGAAUAUACGGUGAUGCAAUCAUGGCUUCCAUUGGAUACACAUGGAGGUCUAAAGAACUUUUCCAUGAACACGUGUCCCUCCAAUCAUAUUACAGGAUGCUUAUAAGCAAGAUACCUAGUGGAAAUUACAAGUUGUCUAGAGAAGCAAUACUUGCAGCAGAGUUGCCCUCAGUAUUCACUACUAAAGCAAAUUGGAGAGGUUCCUUCCCAAGGGAAAUCCUAUUCGCAUUCUGCCAUCAGCAUAGGCUAUCUGAGCCUAUCUUCUCAACUACAAGUGUUCCUUUAAAGGCAUCAUGCGAGUUACUGAGAUCACAGAAGAAGUUGAAGGUUACUGAGGUAGCUGGACUUGCGACUGAAUAUGCAAAUGGAGGAGGUUUAAAUGCGGGCGAUGGAGAAUCAGUAGGACUGGAAAGCAACUUUAGAUGUGAAGUAAAAGUAUUUUCCAAGGGUCGGGAUUUGAUCAUAGAGUGUUCCCCUAAGGAGAUUUAUAGGAAGCAGACUGAUGCUACCCACAGUGCUUCUCUGAAAGUUCUCUCAUGGCUGAAUGCAUAUUUUAAGGACCUUGGCAUGCCUUUGGAGAAGCUAAAUUGCUCUGCUGAUGCCCUUGACAUUAGUUUUUCUCUUGAAAACUUUCAUAAAGAGUUUGCUUUAUCCCAAUCCAUUCAUAAUGUUCAGCAAAGUGGGACUCAAGGAUCCAAAUUACCAGAAUCAAAAAGUACUGAUAUGCAAUAUACUUUGUCAGGACAAGAUGUUUGCUUACCUAACAUUGAAGGUUCAGAUUCUGGUGUUUUCCCCUCUAAUGGAUCUUUGUUGUGUAUAAGUUACUCUGUAUCCUUAGUGACAGAAGGUGGACAUACAAAAGAGCUUAUUGAAAGUAAAGAUGAAUUUGAGUUUGAGAUGGGGGCUGGAGCAGUGAUUUCUGCUCUUGAAGCAGUUGUUACCCAAAUGUCAGCUGGUCAAUGUGCUCAUUUCAACAUGAAUCUGCCCCCUCAAGAGUUCAUUCUAGCUGCAGUUGAUGAUCCUGGAAGGAUUCACUCAUUGUUAUCCUCAGAAGCUUGCUGGUUGGAAUACCAUGUAACGUUGUUGCGUGUGACAAAACCACCAGAAGAAAGAAUGGAGCAGGCUCUUUUCAGCCCUCCGCUCUCAAAGCAACGGGUGGAAUAUGCUGUGCAGCAUAUCAAAAAAUCUUGUGCUGCUACUUUGGUUGACUUUGGAUGCGGCUCUGGAAGUUUAUUGGAUUCUCUGUUAGAUUACCCAACUUCACUAGAAAAGAUUGUUGGUGUUGACAUAUCACAGAAGAGUCUUGGCCGUGCUGCAAAGGUACUGCAUGCAAAACUGAGCUCAAAGUCAGAUGCAGGCAUCAAAUCUGCUAUUCUUUAUGAUGGUUCCAUCACAGAAUUUGAACCUCAAUUGUGUGGAUUUGAUAUUGGCACUUGCUUAGAGGUAAUAGAGCAUAUGGAGGAGGACCAGGCCUGUCGUUUUGGUGAUAUAGCAUUGAGUUAUUUUCGUCCAAAGGUUCUUAUAGUUUCCACCCCAAAUUACGAAUACAACGUGAUUCUACAAAGAUCUAGUCCUGUAACUCAAGAAGAAUACCCAGACGAGAAAAGCCAGUCAGAGUCAUGUAAAUUUCGCAACCAUGACCACAAGUUUGAGUGGACAAGAGAGCAGUUCAACCACUGGGCAUCUGAACUAGCGAAGAAGCACAAUUACAGCGUCGAGUUCAGUGGGGUUGGUGGUUCUGGUGAUGUGGAACCAGGUUUUGCUUCUCAGAUAGCCGUCUUUAAACAGGAGAGCCUGCUUGAUGAAGAUGAUCUUCUGACAAAACAAAAUUCAUCUCAGCAUUGCAAAGUUGUAUGGAAUUGGAACUGCGCUGACAGAUCGGUAGUCGGUACCCUCUCUAACAAGUAACUAAUACCAAGGGUUUUGAAACCACCCUGACAAAGAUUUUAGCUUAAUCAGUACAGCUGUAGUCUGUACUGAUAAAUUAUAUGAUUUUUAGGAAGCAGAGGGUAUCUAACAGAAUUGCAGGCUCAGAAUGGAUGCAUGUCUUUUGCUCCUAGGCCAAUUUGUUUGGUGCAUGAUUCUUUUUCUUUGAAAGCCCCCAUGCCAUUUAUGAAUCUUUUGAAGGGAAGUCCAGCCUCAUUAAUACAA